AUGGCGGUUCAGACGCGCAUUGCAACCACCUCCUCGAUCGCGUUGAGAGUGGUAUCAUACCUCUUUCUACGAUGGUUUCCUGGCCCAGCUGCCGUGCCCAUGAGCAUAUUUGCACUCUUCGCAGUAUUCGUUCCUUCCUUUGUGUCUGGCUAUAUCAAUGAGCCAAAGUACGACGUGGUGGAGGACGACGUUGAUGUGACUAUCAAAGAGCCUAUUGCAGAGGAAAUUGGCGAAGACGAAGCCACCAACGGCCAUGUCGUCGCUGAGGAGAUUCAGAUCGAAGAGACCAUCAUAGUCAAGGACAAGUCGAGCCCGUUGAAGACCCUUCUGGCCGGAACUCCCAGCUCAACCAGCCCAAUUCUUUCCACCCUGACCUUCCUAAUUAACCUGGCGCUGGUCGCAAUGACGGCCGACUUCUUAUUCCGCGUUCGACAGUAUCACCCAGUCGAUGACCUCUCCUUUGUGCGUCUUGGAUACGUUUCUCCGACGGAGGCGAAGUUUGUCAUUCGCGAACCCGAUCAAGACAAGAUGCCCGUCACCCUCGAGAUUCAUAUCAAGGACCCUCAGCCGCCCUUUGACAACCCCACGUGGCAGCUCGGCGGUGGAUUGAGGUUCACCGACAACACGACCGACUUUGCGACUACCUUGACCGUCCCCCUCAAGCACAGUCAGCAGAGAGUCUACGAAUGGCGAACUUCAAACAACCACAGCGGCGAGUUCGUGGCCCCCCCUAGAGCUGGCCAGAUGUCGGCCUUUGCCGACAAUAAGUUUACUUUCUUGUCCACCUCGUGCAUCCUCCCGCGCUUCCCAUACGACCCCUUUGAGCAUCCCCUGGCCAUUCCGGGCAUGCGGCAUCUGGCGAGAGUUCUGCCCAACUUGCAGGCUCAGUUCAUGCUCUUCCUAGGCGACUUCAUUUACAUCGACGUACCCAAACGCCAGGGCAAGCACGAGGAGGACUAUCGCCAGAAGUACCGCCAUGUCUAUGCCUCUCCGGACUGGGCACCUGUGGCACAGAACCUCAGCUGGAUCCACGUUCUCGACGACCAUGAGAUUAGCAAUGACUGGUCUUCAAACACCACUGGUGUAUACCGGGCCGCAAUUGAACCUUGGCACCACUACCAGGAGCUGGCCAACCCACCUCCUGCCCGUGUUGCCGGGACCACGAACCUUCGGAGACGAGGCGCUACCUACUUUGAGUUCGUCCAGGGCCCCGCGAGCUUCUUCAUGCUCGACACGCGCUCGUACCGGUCCGACAAUGACGUUCCUUCCGACAGCCCGGAGAAGACGAUGCUGGGUGCUGAGCAGUUGGAAGACUUCCUCGCCUGGCUGAGCCGGCCCGAGCCCAAGGGAGUGAAGUGGAAAAUUGUUGCCUCGUCGAUUCCCCUCACCAAAAACUGGCCCAUCAACCGCAAAGAUACAUGGGGAGGUUUCCUGGUGGAGCGGCGCAGGAUUCUCGAAGCCAUGUGGGAUGCCGGCGCAGGGGGCGUUGGUGUUGUUGUCGUCUCUGGCGAUCGUCACGAGUUUGCGGCUACCAAGUUCCCCCCUCCCGCUGGCGGAAGAUGGCCGGAGAGCGCCGCUGCGUACGAGUUCUCAUGCAGCCCUCUGAACCAGUUCGCGUCGCCUUUGCCGAGCUACAGGCAGACUGACGAUGAGGAUGUAUCUCUCAAGUAUAUCCAUUCGGGAAAUUCCAAGUUCGGCUCUCUCACGAUCGAGAACCUCGCCGAGGGUGAGCAGAGCUCCCUCAAGUACAACCUGUACAUCGACGGCGAAAUCGUUUGGAAUACGAUAGUCCUGUCACCCUCACCAGCCGAAAAGGCCCCGAGCUCAUUUUGGGAUAAGUUGAAGGGGAAUUAG